AUGGUUCUGGCUAAAUCCAAAAACUCCGUGGGGCUGGGUGCCAGUCUCAUGAACGAUCGGUUCGGAAAGGGCAAAGCAUCCUCACAGAAGAAGGCCUCUCACAACAACGCCAUUCAGCGCACAGGCAUAAAUGGCGAGACCUACGUCACCAACGAGGCCAAGGAGGCAUCAUGGGUCAAGAUGCGCAGUAUUACUGAGCAAGCCGCGCUCGAUGAAUUCCUGAGCACCGCCGAAUUGGCCGGUACUGACUUUACCGCUGAAAAAAUCAACAACGUCAAGAUCAUCCACUCCGAUCAGAAGAACCCCUUCCUCCUCUCCGCCAACGACGAGAGGAAGGCUUAUAAGAAGCACCAACAGAACAAGGAUCGCCUGACUGUUCCCCGCCGACCCAAGUGGGACUCAAACACAACCCGCAAUGAACUUGAGCAGAUGGAGAGGGCCAGUCUGUUGGACUGGAGACGAGGCCUGGCUGAGCUGAUUGAGAACCACGAUCUGCUCAUGACACCCUUCGAGCGCAACUUGGAGGUCUGGCGCCAGUUGUGGCGUGUCAUUGAGCGAUCUGAUCUUGUCGUUCAGAUUGUCGACGCGCGAAACCCGUUGCAGUUCCGCUCAGAAGAUUUGGAAAAUUAUGUCAAGCAGAUCGACUCGCGCAAGAAGAACUUGCUGCUGGUCAACAAGGCUGAUAUGCUGUCUCUGAAGCAGAGACAGGCCUGGGCUACCUACUUCGAGAAGCAUAACAUCAAUUUCCGUUUCUUCUCAGCUCACCUCGCCAAGGAGAAGAACGAGGCCCUUGCCCUGUUGGAAGAGCAAGAGGGUAAUCCCGAUUCUGAGCUGGCCAAGUCUGCCCAGAAGAUCAAUGUGAAUGACGACGAGGAUGAUGGAUAUAAGAAGGAGGACACAGUGGAAGCUGAGAUGGCCAAGCUUGCUGACCCCGAGCGCUCCCUCGGACCUCAUAUCUUGGACACUGAAGAGCUCGAGGAGCUUUUCAUGGCCAAUUCCCCAGAAACUCUCCCUCAGACUGCAGAGGACGGCGAACAGCCCAAGCAGAAGACCACCAUCGGUCUGGUUGGAUACCCUAACGUGGGUAAGUCCAGUACCAUCAACGCCCUCCUCGGUGCCAAGAAGGUCUCCGUCUCUGCCACCCCCGGUAAGACCAAGCAUUUCCAAACUUUGUACCUCUCCCCGGAGAUCAUGCUUUGCGAUUGUCCCGGUCUCGUGUUCCCCAACUUCGCCACCACUAAGGCCGAGCUCGUUGUCAACGGUGUGCUGCCCAUCGACCAGCAGCGCGAGUUCACCGGUCCCGCCGGUAUCGUCGCCAAGCGUAUCCCCAAGCACUUCUUCGAGCAAGUGUACGGUGUCAAGCUCAGAAUGCGCCCCACCGAAGAAGGUGGCACCGGAGUCCCAACCGCCAGCGAGAUUCUCCGCGCCUACGCCCGCGCCCGCGGUUUCUCCACCCAAGGUCUGGGUCAACCCGACGAGUCCCGCGCAGCCCGUUACGUGUUGAAAGACUACGUCAACGGAAAGCUCCUCUGGGUCAACCCUCCCCCCGUCGCCGAUGACGAGACACCAUACGACAGUGCCGAGUUCAACGAAGAGCUCUACGACAUCGCCCAUCUCCCCGAAAGACGCCGGAACCAGAUCGCCCAGGCAAAGAUCGGGAAGCCUGCUGGUCCCCAGGAACUCAAGGAAGAUCUUGUUUCAGAGGACCUGUCAGCUCCUAAUCAAACUGCCGUGGAGCCCGAGCUUGGUCUCACCUCCCGCAACCUUGACACCGGCUUCUUCGGCUCAGAAACUGGCCCUUCUGCUGGUCGCAUGACUCUCCCCUUCCAGGCCAAACACACUCAGCAAGGCCAGGAGAUGCGCAAAGCGCCUACGGGUCGCAAAGAGCGUAUGAUGAUUGCUCUGGAACGCGGCGUUGAUGUCUCUGAGGUCAAGGGUGGAAACUCCAAGAAGCACUUCAAGGGUAACAAGCGUCGGGCGAAGGGCAAGCGCAACAACCCCGAAGAGGACGACUGGUGA